AUGUUUACAGAAACGCCUCCCCUGACCAUUCGCCAAGACUAUUGCCAAAUAUUCUUGCCCACAGCCGUCACAACGGCGCUCACUCAUCGUCAUUCCGGAGGCAGAGCAAGGGAUAAAUUGGGCAACCGCCUUCGCUAUCAGAGCCAUCGAUUAUGGAACAGUUCGGCACGGCCAACGUUCAGCCAGAUGCCGCACUUCGUUAGCUCUACUCUGCGGUAUUCGUGCCAACUACAGACAAAAACUGUUCUCCGCCAGGGUCGAUCCGGCCAGUUCGAUGCCCACAUGCGAGGCACUGUACCAAGGCAGUGUAAACGUGUGAUGGUUGAUAGUCUGAGCAUCCAGCGGACCGAUCGUUUGUCAUCCGUCGCAUGUGACGGUGUGACGGUGUUGCGGCCGUACAAGCGAAUGCCUGCCCACGUUGACCAGCUAGCCAGCCGGUCUGGCGGUCGGUCGGUCGACCAGCAGUCAGCCAGCAUCGCAGUUUGCUCGUUCUAG